GACAUUGUUUUACGACACUGAGCACGGUUCCUCAUCGCACUGGUUCAAGAUGGCCUCGUCUUUUUGGAAAGGUGUUGUCGGCGUCGGUCUUUUUGCCUUAGCUCACGCAGCUUUCUCAGCGGCACAGCAUCGAUCAUACAUGCGACUCACAGAGAAGGAAAAUGAGACACUACCCAUUGAUAUUGUAUUACAGACCCUAUUAUCCUUUGUGAUGACCUGUUAUGGGAUUGUCCAUAUUGCUGGAGAGUUCAAAGACAUGGAUGCCUCCUCAGAGCUGAAAAACAAAACAUUUGAUACACUGAGGAACCACCCAUCCUUUUACCUUUUCAAUCACCGAGGUCGGGUGCUAUUCCGUUCGCCGGAGGAGGAGCCCUCCUCUGCACGCAACCAGCAAGCUCUUCCCAACCCCAUACGGCUACGCAAGCUGGAGUAUUUGCACUGAGACUGGCCUUUUCCUGCCUGUAACAUCAUUCACGUCAGAUAAAAUUUGUUUUUUGAGACAGGGGGGCGAAGUGAGAAUUCAUCUUCCUCUACUUUAAUUUGUAUUUGUAUAUAAACUAAUAUGCUGUCCAAACUUGCAUCCCUGUCCGUAGAAGUGGUCACUACCAUGUUCAACACUGACUGUGCCAACCCUUCAGUUUUUGAAGCAGAUUUGUUUGUACACUAUGUAAAUGCUUUGGAGUCUUAAGAUACAGAGACAUCUCUUCCCUUUUGUCCCUUCUGAACUGAACUGGGAUAUUGCUGUCUGUUGUAUAUCCUUUGUGUGAGGGGCAUAAAAAAACUCAUGUUUAAUUACUGUGUCAUUUCAGCCACACAUCAGUCUUGAGCAGCUCUCUGGGCAGAAUUUUUUUUUGUUAACCGAAAUACAUUUUGUUGUAUGAACCGAGGGCCUUUUAUUUCCUGGAUGAUUUCCUAGAAGCAUAAAGGUUCAUCUGUACAUCCUGUAUGCAAUAAAGACGCGUGGUGCAUGCCACAGGAAAUCAGCUUAAGGUGAUCAACGGAAAACAGGAAGAAAGCAAACAUUAGACAGCUGUUCUAAUGAUACUGUGACCACUACAGUAAAGUAGAAAGUAAUGGUACAUUUGUUGGGGUGAAGUUAUUAUUUUUCUUUCAUUUUACAUUUUAAGAUUCAGCAACAUUGUUUUUAAUUUAAUAAAAGGCAUACUGAUUUUA